AUGAGCACUAAGCUUCGCCACGAUUAUUAUUCGCAUGGAUAUGCGACCACAAGUUUGACCCUGCAGCAGCGGGUGGGCAUCCUCUUGGGGGUGGCACGAGGCUUGGAGUAUCUGCACAGCUUUGGCCUCGUGCACCGCGACAUCAAGCCAGCCAACAUCCUCCUUGACGCUCACAUGCAGGCGAAGGUGGCAGAAUUUGGGCUGGUGCACGUGGGGGAGGGAACGGCAACAGGGUUCACACGCGUGCUGGGAACGGUGGGCUAUGUGGACCCUGCUUACUCCCUCACGCACAACGCCACCACCACUGCUGACGUUUACAGGUGCCGUGCAGAUUUGAGCCUCACACUAGAAGGAUGUCAAAAGAUCUGCGGAUUUGACUUUGGUGUUCUCAUGCUGGUGAUGCUGUCAGGCAGAGGAGCCACCAUCAAUACGACGAGUGGCAGUGAGCCAGACGCCUGUGCUGCCAACGAGCCAAUCUCCAUCUCCAAAUGGGCAACUGAUGUCAUGGCGGAAGGGAAGACAGCACUCCUCAAGGAUCCCCGCAUGGAAGCACCACAUGACAUCAUCAUUCGCCUUGCCCACCUUGCUGUCACCUGCACCGCCAUGCCCACCGCCUCGCGCCCCUCCAUGUCCAGAGUGGCCCAACACUUGGAAGCUCUACAAGAGGAGGCCGGAGGGGGGGAUGCGAGAGCGAGGGCUGCAGCGAGGGUUGACGAGAAGCUGUCGAGCCAGCGGCUACGAAGGAGCAUGGAAGAGGAUCUUGCAUUGCUGAAUAAGCAAGUGAAGCACGAGAGUGAAUCAACGGCUUUUGAGGCGUCUCAAAGAUCGUCUUUUGAGGCGCCCCAAGAGGAGGUUACGAAGGAGAGUGGAGGAGGAUCAUGCCUUGCUGAAUGA